CGGAGGACUGGCCGACGAUUGAUCUCAACAACGUACUGCUAUCUCCAAGACGGCUGGAACGUCGUUAGGACACCCUUGCAUGUGGUGCAAGCAAUGGCGACUGCUGCCUUGGCGCAACCUGGCCCUCAUCCAUGUUGUGCGCGAAACGCCAGCGUCAAUUCAUCUUCGAUGAAGUCUACUCACGCCUCACUUGUCCCAAACGGCGCGUCCUGACUUACACAAAUACUCAGGACGAUGAGGUUCGCCUGCCGAAGGCCGUACGGUUACUGUCACAGGCCGAUCGCUGUGGCGGCACGCGGCGCCGUCCCUGCGACUUUGUUCGACGGCGUCAUCGUUUCCGACGAGCAUGUCUUGAGAUCGGAGUCGUGGGACCUGAGUUGCUGGGUUUCGCCGUGGUCAAAUGAAUGCGUGUUUGCGUACUCUUUUCGAGCGAGUCAAAAUCCACGACCGGACAUCUGGGACCCAAUUCGACUCUAUGAAUCUACUGCUCAACGGUCACCGGCUUGCUCACACAUUGCUUGCCAUUCCGAUUAGUAACAUGACAAGCACCUCGGUCGCCAAACGGCAUGUAGACCAUACCAUGAUGUCUAGCCACGCACACGGACCGAAAAAAGCCGGAGAUACCGCACCGUAAGAGGUGGCAUGGUUGAGCGGUCUCCACCCCAAGUCUGCUCGUCGAACAUACCGUCCGUUCGAUCCAGCCGAUUGUUGGCCACCAACAUGUCUCCCCGCCAAGUGAACGUCCCU